CAGGAGUUUUUCUUUCUUUCAUCUAUUUUUCUCCAAAAAUAUUUUGACUGUCUCAUUUUCUGGAGUUGUAUUUCAAGCAGAUUUUUCUGCUUCACAGAUUUGGAUUUGUCCUUAAACCCAAGUGGGGAGGUGACCAAGCAGAUUGGCGAUGCUCUGCCUGUGUCAUGCACAAUAUCUGCCAGUAGGAAUGCAACUGUGGUGUGGAUGAAAGAUAACAUCAAGCUUCGAUCUAGCCCAUCAUUUUCUAGUCUCCAUUACCAGGAUGCUGGAAACUAUGUCUGUGAAACUGCUCUGCAAGAGGUUGAAGGAUUAAAGAAAAGAGAGUCGUUGACUCUGAUUGUAGAAGGAAAACCUCAAAUCAAAAUGACAAAGAAAACUGACCCUAGUGGACUGUCUAAAACAAUAAUCUGCCAUGUGGAAGGUUUUCCAAAGCCAGCUAUACAGUGGACAAUUACUGGCAGUGGAAGUGUCAUAAAUCAAACAGAGGAAUCUCCAUAUAUCAAUGGCAGGUAUUAUAGUAAAAUUAUCAUUUCCCCUGAAGAGAAUGUUACAUUAACUUGCACAGCAGAAAACCAGCUGGAGAGAACAGUAAACUCCUUGAAUGUCUCUGCUAUAAGUAUUCCAGAACACGAUGAGGCAGACGAGAUAAGUGAUGAAAACAAAGAAAAGGUUAAUGACCAGGCAAAACUAAUUGUGGGAAUUGUUGUUGGUCUCCUCCUCGCUGCCCUAGUUGCCGGUGUCGUCUAUUGGCUGUACAUGAAGAAAUCAAAGACUGCAUCAAAACAUGUAAACAAGGACCUUGGUAAUAUGGAAGAAAACAAAAAGUUAGAAGAAAACAGUCACAAAACAGAAGCCUAAGAGAGAAACUGUUCCACUUGUUGUCCAGAAAAAAACUAUAUAGAACAAUUGAAGCAUGAACGUGGAUUGUAUUUAAGACAUAUACAAAGACACUGACAGCGAUUCAUGGUUCAAGUAUUAAGCAGUUCAUUCUACCAAGCUGUCAUGGGAUAUCAGAGAAUUAUCUCAAGUAAAACAAUGAAAUGAAAUUACAAAUAAUAACAAGUUUUGGCAGCCAUGAUGAUAGGUCAUAUAUUGUGUUGGUUUGAUUUUUUUCUGUAAAUGUCUGCACUGAGAAUUUCUUUUUGGUUUGCCUUUUAUGUAAAUUUUUUACGUAGCUAUUUUUAUACACUGUAAGCUUUGUUCUGGGAGUUGCUGUUAAUCUGAUGUAUAAUGUGAUGUUUUUAUUUCAAUUGUUUAUAUGAAUAAUCUGAGCAGGUACCUUUCUGAUUCUGAUUGCUAUCAGUAAUGCCCCCAAACUUUCUCACAAGCACCUAAAUCCCAAAGGUGGAAGCUUGUGAAGAUUGGGGACAUUGCCCUAAUCAAAAACUGAUUUUUAUCACUAGGGUGGAGUCAGAGAGUCAGGUUGAUAAGCACCAGAUGAGCUAUUUCUGUGAAUGUGCCGCCAGCUGACUCUCAGAAGCAGUCACACACACAUAUGGACACACACAUAAUAACAGAUGGUACUCCCAAACUGACGCUUUUUCCUGUUCUGAAAAAAACAUCACACAGAACUUGGGUAGCAUUUACCUUUAGAGACAACUGCUAGUAAAUUAUUUUCUGUCAAAAAAAUAAAUAAAUACAAGCCAAUGUAUGAGAGACAGUUUGGAAAACUCAUGGCUAACAUUCCCAUUUUCAUAGGUUACAAUGUAAAUCACUGGAACUGAAAAUUGGAGUUAAAUCCUUUGGGUUAUCCACUGCCUUAAAAUUAUACCUAUUUCCUUUAAAAAAAAAAGAUAUCAGUCAGAAUUGGAGAUUUUUAACAGUGAUCAUUAUCAAAGCUGUGUUAUUUUCCACAGAAUAUAGAAUAUAUAUUUUUUUCGUGUGUGUUUUUGUUAACUACGCUACAGAUAUUGAAUGCACCUUGAGAUCAUCUAGUGUUUUUAACUGGUACAUAAUUUAUCAAACAGUAUGUUAAAGUGUAAUAAUAAAAUGUCUAUGUAUCUUUAGUUACAUUCAAAUUUGUAACUUUAUAAACAUGUUUUAUGCUGGAGGAGCUCUAUAGGGUGGUAGUGUUAAAUGAAAACUUUUUGAGGUAGACCGGAUAUUUGCCAAUAGCUACUUGUGACAAGACUUUUAAACUUUGCUCUUUCAAGCAGAAGCCUGGUUUCUGGGAGAACAUGGCAUGGCCAUAUUUUGUCCCAGGAGUUACAUAACUUUAUCGGAAAAAAAAUAAACAUCAGAUUUCCAGGUAUAGAACUGUGUUCUUUGGGAGGAAAGGAAAACUGGUGUUUGCUUUUUAGAUUGAUGGAAUUAGGAAGACAAUGAAAAAUAAAUUGAAGAUUAAAGUCAGAAGAAGAUUAGGAAUAAAUACUUUGCCACUUUUGCAUUAUUUAGAAAUACACAUUGUUGUACAUUUGUAAACUGUUUGCUGUCGGAGCAAUAGUGACUCAGUUUAAUAAAAGCUUCCUAUAGUGUAUUGGUAUGAAUUAAAUACAUAAAAUAUUCUAUUAGACUCAAUGCUGUAUAAAAUAUGAUGGGAAAAAAGAAAAUAUGUUAUUUUUGCCUCUAAACUUUGAUUUAUUGAAGUUUUAUUUGGCAGGAAAAAAAUUGAAUCUUGGUCAAUAUUUAAACCAAAGUGAAAGGGGAAAAACCAAAGUUAUUUGUUCUGCAUGGCUAUGCCAUUCUGUUAUCUCUGUAAAUACUGUGAUUUCUUUUUUUCUUUUAUCUUAGAAUUUUGUUAAAAAAAUUCUAAAAAUUUUAAACACCUCCUUUCCAUGAUAAAUCAUGAACACUAAAAUUAAGUUACUUUCAUAUAAAUAUUUUUUUCUUUUGGUGUGAGAGAUCAAAGUUUCAAAGUUUAACUCCUGAGAUAUAUUUGCAGAAAGAAGCAAUGUGACAAUAGAAAGAGAGUUUUAUACUACAAUUAUUUCUUGGCUUCUGUGAUUAAGUCUGAAAACAGCUGUCAGAACCUAGAGAGCUAUGGACUGAAAGCAGAAAGUUUGCCAGGGGGAAGAAAGAGACAACAUUGUUAUCAGUGGAUCAGCACCUGGAUGAAAAGGAAAGCUUGUGUGUGUGCCGACAGCUGUCAGCACAGCAAGGCGGGGAAGGAAGAUGAUACACCAGUUCUCAACUUUGAGGUUCCAUUUUUCCAACUUAACUGUUUGACAACAGGAGACAGGUUUUGCCAGUUCAAGUUUCACUCCCUAUCUGUGAUUACAGGAAUUGUAUGUGGAAAUGGAUUAACAUACCCAUCAAUACCUAAAAUAAUAAAACUGAAAUAUGUCUUCA